AUGUCCCCCUGGGCCAGCCCCCGCCAGCGCCAACCUCCUCCAACCUCCUCGGACAAAAAACAGACGGAGCAGACGGAGCAGAUGGUUUCCAGGCGCCCGCGGGUUUUGCAUGCUGCCCGCACUUCCCAUUGUUCCCACGGUUCCCACGCUGCCCCAGUGCUGCUCAGAUGCCCAGAUUCCGUCAAGCUGGAUUUUGAGGCGCGUGUUCCGGUCCCUUUCAGCGUCUUCCCUUCAGCCUACAGGGAGAGCGAGACCGCGACCCAGACCGCCCAGGCUACCCACACAGAGGUUGAGAUCAAGGUUCCCGAGAAGGCCGGACGGAAAGGUCAAGCCUCUUCAAUCGAAGUCCACGCUCACCUCCCUCCUCCCCCUCCGCCUGCCCCGGCUCCCCAGCCAGAGGUCCACGCCAAGGAGGAGGUAACGGAAGUCAAGGUCACCCGGGAAGAGGAAAAGCACCACCGUCCCGGCAUCCAGGAAGCCCACGCUAUCCACGAGGAGUUUCACGAACAUCAUCGUCCUCAGUCUUCUCACACACACACCCACACCCACACCCAUACCGAGACUCGGGUAGAGGUCGACCGCCAAAGCCACAUCGGCUCUGCCAUUGACGUUGCUGAGAGCGAGUACCGCGCACGCUUCCAGCCCAACUACCGCAAGGACUUCUCUGUGACCGGCACUACUGUCGACGGCACUGAGUUCAAGUCCGCAACCCAUAAGGCCAGCUCUUCCCACGUCGAGGGCACCACCGUCGAACUUACCAAGUUCCCUACCUUCCCCAAGGACCCCAAGUCCGUCGUCGAGUUCACCGUCGACGCACCUUCCACCCAGAAGGUUCACAAGGAGACUACGGUCACUGUAGCCGACUCUACUACCGUAGACCCGCCCCGUCCUCCUAAGAAGCCUCAAUUGAAGGCCGACCUCAUCGAGGAAACCGUCGAGACUUCUUCCCGCGUUAGCUCCAAGAAAUCCAAAAUGGGUUACUUCGACGAGCAGGGCCGCUACCACUCCUUCCGCGAUGGUCUGCAAAAGGGUUUGCACAAGUUGGCUGACAAGAUUGCCCAUCCUGAAGGCCACGCUGCCGGCGUUGAGCUCGGUGAGCCCCGUCGCGCUCCCGCCCCUGGCGAGGCUCCCCGCCCCCCCAACACCGUCACCAUCCCGUGCCACCACAUCCGCCUCGGCGACAUCCUGAUCCUCCAGGGCCGCCCCUGCCAGGUCAUCCGCAUCUCGACUUCGGCUGCCACCGGCCAGCACCGCUACCUGGGUGUCGACCUCUUCACCAAGCAGCUCCAUGAGGAGUCCUCUUUCGUCUCCAACCCGGCACCGAGCGUCGUCGUUCAGACCAUGCUCGGCCCUGUCUUCAAGCAGUACCGCGUCCUCGACAUGCGCGAUGAUGGUACCAUCGUCGCCAUGACCGAGACCGGCGAUGUCAAGCAGAACCUGCCUGUCAUCGACCAGAGCAACCUCUGGGGUCGCCUCAAGAAGGCCUUUGAGUCUGGCCGCGGUUCCGUCCGCGUCCUGGUCGUCUCCGACCACGGCCGCGAGAUGGCUGUCGAUAUGAAGGUUGUCCACGGCUCCCGUCUGUAA